AUGCCGACGCCGCUACUGGUUGUGGGCAGCACUGUCCGCGACUUUUGUAUGCUAGAGCGAAAUUUCUUGUCGCAUAUCAAACUUGUCCUAUUGUUAUUGCUCAUGUUUGCCUCGGCGUUGCUUGAAAUCCGUCUCCCUGGACCUCCUGGCACGGGACAAUCUGAGAGCUUGGGGUCUUUCAGUUUACCCCUUGCGAUUCUUCAGUUUAUCGCUGCCCUGCUUACAAUCGCUGCAGCAUUCUGGGAAUAUCACACAGGUCUAGAUGACCUGAUGAAAGUCAGGGCCUUCUUUGUUGUACACAGAAUACACCAUAUCAUUAUGGCAGCUGUCACUUUCAUUAUCGUGGCCACCUGUAUCAUAUAUGUUGUCAAGAGCAGUUAA